AUGAAAGUAGUAGAUAGGAAAAGCAACAUAACGAAUUCCUAAUAUAGAAGAAACUUGGUUGAGGACAAAAGAUAAUACUAGAUAGAUUUAACUAACUUUGAUUUAGCUUACAGCUUAUUUUCAUCUGACCCUAUCGAAGUCAGUUUUGCUUGGGCAGAUGACGGAGCUUCAUUUAACUAAGACAUUAAAGAUUUUUCUAUCGCUAAAUGCCCUGCAGGCAGAUUUUUGGGUGAAACUGUAUAGACAGAUAAUUUUGGACUCUAAUUUAAUUACUAUUGCCCAGUUACUUUCAAUACAACAUUAUAAGGAAACUUUGCAACGAAGAAAGCUAGAUUUGUGCAAAUUUUUAUUGGCGGUUGCAAUUAAGCUAUACUUAACAAAACAAAGCCUAAUUUGAAAUGCGCAAAUGAAACUGACAUUAAAACAGUUCUGGAUGAUCUAUAAGUAAACAUAUUAGCAACAAAUUAGUUCGUAGAUAUUAAUGAAAGAAAUACAUCCCCACUAUCCAAUCAAAUUAACUAAGAAAACAUAACUUACUACACUAUUAGAGCUGAUGAAUCAUAAAUUGGAGAUUAUAAGAAGUUUUAGUAGGCAUUAAGAUUUUAUAUUCUACUAGAUGACGACAUUUCAACAACAACUUUAGAGGUUUACACAAUUUCAGAUGCCCUUUCAAGCACAGGUGGUAUACUUGGAAUUGUUUCAGUAAUCUUAGCAAUAUUAUUGUCUAAAGUGCAAAAAGAGUAGAGAGAUCUAAUUAAAAACAGAAUGAAUCUUUUUAAGAAAGCCUAGAAAAUGCUUGACAAGAAAUUAGAGAUCUUUACAAUAUUGAGAAAUAUUUAGAUGGUUAAAUUACUAAAAAGAAUAACACUCUCUAAUUAUCAAAGAAAACUUACUCCCUAUUUCAGAUAAAAUUUAGUUCAAAUGAAAGAUGCUUUGAAUAAAAAGAAUUUUAAGGUAAACAGUUAAAAUAUUCCUUAAUAAACAGAUGAUAAAAAUUUUGAGUGGGAAAAAUUAGACAAAAAUACGAGGAGACAAUUUAAACUUUAUCUGAAGCAGGUCUUACUUCGCAAGGAUGAUAAUAAAAUUGACAAAAGAAUCUUCAAAAACCUUGAUCCAGAACUAAAAAAAUAAAAAUAAGCUGAGGUUAUUAACCCAGUAAGAGAUAGUAUUUUAAAAAAUCUUAACAAAGAUCUUAAGAAAGGAGUUGGAAAAAUCAAACCUAAUCAUCAAAGGGAUGUUACUCUGACUCAAUUAUCCCUAUCAGUUUUCAGCAAUUAUCUUACAACUGAGAAGAAUAAGGAUUUUAAAUAAAAUGAAAAUUGGUAUGAUUAAUCUAUUAAAUCAGAUACUUUAAUUCUUAGUCAAAAUUAAAACAAAAAUUCUGAUGAAGGGGAUUAUUCCAUAAAUCAGUAUUUGGAGAAGGAAAUAAAUUAUUGA